AUGAAUCUAACAUGCAACACUACAUUGGAGGAUAUGAAAAUAUCUCCCGGCUCGGAGCGCAUUCUCGUCGGGCACCUCAACUUCCACGACCUUGCGCGAAUCAUUGCGGCGUCAUGCACGCUCAUUGCCACGGCCUUCAGCUUGUACCUUGUUUGGAUGCAUGCUCUGCAUUAUACCCAGCCUCGUGAGCAGCGAUACAUCAUCCGUAUUCUUUUCAUGGUUCCCGUGUACGCCAUCUCCUCAUAUCUGCAACUCGAGUGGUACUGGCAUGCCAUCUACUUUCAAGUCAUCUCGGACUGCUACGAAGCCUUUGCUAUUGCGUCCUUCUUCGCCCUGCUAUGUCACUACGUGGCACCGGACCUGCACAGCCAGAAGGUCUUCUUUCGCGAAUUACACCCGAUAAAGCAAUGGGUCAUGCCAGUCAAUUGGUUUGCCAAAUGCUGUGGCGGCCAGCGAGGUAUUUGGAGGUUACCAAAAAGCGGUUUGACGUGGUUCAACAUCAUUUGGAUCGGUGUGUAUCACUACUGUUUUAUUCGUGUCGCCAUGACUAUUUCUGCAGUCGUAUCCCAGUACUUCAAGCGUUAUUGCGAAAGUUCCAACAGCCCGGUGUUUGGCCACAUUUGGAUUAUCGUGUUCAACGCAAUCGCAGUCACAAUCGCCAUGUACUGCCUGAUUCAGUUUUACGUCCAGCUUAAAGAGCCGUUGGCCGAGCACAAGCUAUUCGUCAAGAUUGUCGCCAUUAAACUAGUCGUCUUCUUGUCUUUCUGGCAGGCAUCAGCCAUCUCGGUCGGCACAUCGACCCUUAGGAUUGUCCACCCCAACGAGGUCAUCGCCUAUCCUGAUCUCAAAGUCGGCAUCCCAGCCCUGCUCCUUUGCGUCGAAAUGGCCCUGUUUGCGAUACUCCAUCUGUGGGCUUUCCCGUACGCGCCAUACACCGUCGGCGCACCCCGAACGUAUUAUCCGAGCCCCGACGCGGACAAGGGCUCUCCGUCUGCCGAAAACGAACGCCAGCCGCCCUCCGGCGGUUUCAUGGGUCUCAUGGCAGUGUACGACGCAAUGAAUCUAUGGGACUUCAUCAAGGCCUUUGGCCGAGGCAUGAGGUGGCUCUUCUGCGGAGUCAAGCGCCGCAAGGAGGACAUUAGUUACCGCCGGAAUCAUGGCGACGGCCUCAACAUGGACGACCUUGCCGAGAACAAAGAGGGCGGCGGCUCCCGUGACCACGUGCGACCAGCGGUCGCCCCUCCCGCUCAGUACGACGAGGACGGCUCUGCACCGCAGGGCUAUGGGCACUCUCAACGAGCGGACGCCUACCGCUCUGCUCGGGUUGAAGAGAGGGCCGGCUUGAUGGACAACGCCCAGCCCAACCCGGAAAUUCGCGGCUACUCCACGGCGCCUCCGCAACAACUGCAGAGAGACAGGUCGCCGUACAGACCGUACCAAGCGAAGCCGCCCCGCGAGCUGCAGCAUUACCACGCUCCCGAGCAGACGGGCGUAACGCAAGGGCGCUACAGUCCGUACGACGGCCCCGACGGCAGGAAAGCGACGCCAACAGGCACGCAGGCGGCUGUAGGGCAAGCGUUAUGGGGCCCCAAGCAGCCAGCAUGA